AUGACAGACGUUGAAUUGUUUGGAAAACUGGGAUGCAACGAUUGGAAACGUGCUACCCAAGCAAUUUCAUGCCAUGAAAAAAGCGCCGGACAUAGAAAUGCUAUGGUUCAACUUUUACUGCGCAGCGACGCAGGCAAUCGUGUUGAUGCAGCAUUGGUUCGGCAAGAACAGGAAGAACGUGAUUAUUGGCGUUCUGUUUUAGAGCGUGUAGCAGAGACUAUCCGCCACCUUGCAGUGCGAGGCUUAGCUUUUCGUGGUACAAAUGAGAUAAUUGGUUCCGUCGACAGCGGUAACUUCUUUGGCACACUGGAGCUACUGGCCAAAUUCGAUCCAUUUAUGGCUCAGCAUAUCAAUCAGAAAGCUAACAAGGGCCAAGGACAUACAUCAUAUCUUUCCAAUACGGUUUGCGAGGAGUUCAUCCAUUUAAUGGCCAAGCGAGUUCUUCAAAAUAUUUUAGACGAACUGAAAGCAUCCAAGUAUUUCUCUGUUUCGGUUGAUUCUACACCAGAUAUCUCUCAUGUUGACCAACUCACUGACUUGCAUUGUCCGGUACGUUCUGCCAUCGAGUCCUGUGGAACGCUUUGUGGCUUUCCUAGAUAUGCAGGGCCAUACUGGGAAAGUGUUGGCGGAAAGUUUACUUGGCUUUUUAACAAGAUAUGA